AUACUUAUUUUCUAAACAUGCAGUCCCGGGCAGUAACUUCCUCAGUUCAUUUCUUCUCAUUCGCAGCUUCACCCUUCCCCGAAAGCACGCAGCUCUCCAAUAAUAUAUCUUUACAUUUUCUCUCAUAAUAAAUAUUUUAUACUAACUAAUAGAAGUGGUACCUUUUUUCUUCUUGCUCAGCCAAUUUUACUUUGAAGGAAAAUAAACCACCAUUGAAGACAUCCCAUCAGUUUCGCCGCCUUUCUUGUCCUUUCUUUCUCUCAUUCAUAAUAAUUAUAAUCAUUUUUUCCUUAUGAAAAGUAAAGAGAAAAGAUCUUUUUUUUUUUUUGCCCUUUCACAUCACCAAAAAGAGUCAUGUAAGAGAAUCUAGCUUCCCAUUUGAGCAAUCCGAUUUACUAUUAUCCAAAUAAUUUUCUUUAAUGGAUUUUUGUGUUUUCCGUUUCACUUUCCUAAAGGGUAAUGGAUUCUCAAACAUAGCCUUUUCUGUCCAACUUCUCGUACACUGAUCCAUUUCAAUAGUCUAUUCUAAUUUCGGGAUUCUCUUUACCUUUAUUUUUUGUGUGUGUGUGAAAAUUUUAAGAUGAGUGUAGCCAAGUCCCAGGUUUGGCAACCUUCUAAAAAGAAGAGGAUUUAGCUUUAGGCUUAUUAAAAGGAAAAAAAAAGAUUUUCUGUAGGUAAGAGGGAAAAAAAGUACAAAAUAUGGAUAUUCAUUUAGAGUAGGGGUUUAAAGAUCUGUAAGGAGAUUUGAUUGAAUAAGGAGAAGUUUGGAGAUGGGUUCAAGAUCACAUAAUGGAAGUGGGAGGACUAGAGUGGGAAGGUAUGAGCUUGGGAGGACACUGGGUGAGGGUACUUUUGCAAAAGUGAAAUUUGCAAGGAAUGUUGAGACCGGUGAUAAUGUAGCCAUAAAGAUUCUUGAUAAAGAGAAGGUGAUGAAGCACAAGAUGAUCGGUCAGAUUAAACGGGAAAUUUCAACCAUGAAACUUAUAAGGCACCCCAAUGUAAUCCGAAUGUAUGAGGUCAUGGCCAGCAAGUCGAAGAUAUAUAUUGUCUUGGAAUUUGUUACUGGUGGCGAACUGUUUGACAAAAUUGCUAGUAAAGGUAGGCUCAAAGAAGAUGAAGCAAGAAAGUAUUUUCAGCAGCUUAUCAAUGCAGUGGACUACUGUCAUAGCAGAGGUGUAUUCCACAGAGACCUCAAGCCUGAAAACUUGUUAUUGGAUGCCAAUGGUGUUCUUAAAGUUUCAGAUUUUGGAUUGAGUGCGUUGCCUCAGCAAGUUCGGGAAGAUGGACUACUACAUACAACAUGUGGAACACCAAAUUAUGUGGCUCCAGAGGUGAUCAACAAUAAAGGUUAUGAUGGAGCUAAGGCUGACCUUUGGUCAUGUGGUGUAAUCCUUUUUGUACUUAUGGCUGGUUAUUUGCCUUUUGAAGAGUCAAAUCUGAUGGCAUUAUAUAAGAAGAUACAUAAAGCUGAAUUUACAUGUCCACCCUGGUUUUCCUCUAAUGCAAAGAAACUAAUCAAAAGAAUCUUGGAUCCCAAUCCACAGAUGCGCAUCACAAUUUCUGAGGUCAUUGAGAAUGAAUGGUUCAAGAAAGGGUAUCGUCCACCUGUUUUUGAACAGGCAGAUGUUAGUCUUGAUGAUGUGAAUGCUAUUUUUAGUGAAUCUGCUGACUCCUCGAAUCUUGUUGUUGAAAGACGGGAAGAACGGCCUUCUGCACCGCUGACUAUGAAUGCUUUUGAGCUUAUUUCAACUUCUCAGGGUCUCAAUCUCAGUUCUCUGUUUGAAAAACAAAUGGGGCUCGUCAAAAGGGAGACAAGAUUUACAUCGAGAUGUCCUGCGAAUGAAAUUGUUUCAAAAAUUGAAGAAGCUGCUGUACCUUUGGGAUUCAAUGUGAGGAAAAAUAACUACAAGAUUAAGCUUCAUGGUGAGAAGAGCGGGCGCAAAGGUCACUUACACGUUGCAACUGAGAUUUAUGAGGUGGCACCUUCACUAUACAUGGUUGAGCUUCGCAAGGCUGGAGGAGAUACCUUGGAAUUUCAUAAGUUUUACAAGAACCUGUCCACCGGAUUGAAAGACAUUGUUUGGCGACUGGGUGAUGAAGCAGGAGAGGAAGUAAAAGAUGGCAUUGUCUCAACCUGAUUUUGGAAUGUUGGUGUCAGUGGAUUUGUCUCUCUGUAUGGGUGUUGGAUAUUAGAUACUUCUGUACUGCAAGCAGGACUUAUCAUCGGUUCGAUGUCAAACAUUAAGCAGAGUUUCCAAUUCAAUGUUUUAUCAUAUGAUUGAGGCACGUAACCUUCGAAAAAUAAAUAUACGUUUUACGCUGCCAUUGUUGUAAUCGUAUUUGAUUACAAGAUUUUAGAGAUCAGUAGCCUAAAGAUGUGCUUUUAUUGGACAGGAAGUAGAAUUAAAGUUUAUUCUAUGACAUUUGCUCGAUCCAUUUUCUUA